CAUAUCUGGUCCUACUGCACGUGCGGAACUUUGACAGAUUUGCAAGAUCAACAAUUGCCGAAAAAUUGUUUUUAUUCGAUUCAUUUGGAUACAGCAGUAGAAGGAAAUAAGUGAAUAAAACGAAAUGGCGAAGGACAAGCCUCAAAAGGUGGACAAAGUAAAGAAAAGUGAAAAUGAUAAACCAACUUCUAGUGCGGCAGCGAGCAGCUCAGGCAUAUGGCAGGAUGAACGUUUCCAGCACCUGGUCAGUGAUCCGCGCUUUCGUGGGAUACCAAAGGUGCAGCGUAAAGUGAAGAUCGACAAACGCUUCCAAAAGAUGUUCACUGAUGAUAAAUUCAACGUGAAGUAUACUGUGGACAAGUAUGGGCGACGAGUGAAUAAAACCAAUGCCGAAGAUUUACGUAAAUACUACGAACUAAAUUCAUCCGAUACGGAAACGGACGAAGAUGAGGAAAAACAGCAUGAACCUGAACAUGAAGAAGAUGAUGAUGAAGCACAGGAGGAAUUGGAGCGUCGCAAGGAAUUAAAGGCGAUCAGUCGUGAUGAUGAUGCUUCUAGUGAAAUCACACCCGGCGAAGAAAAAGAAGGUGAAAACGAUGAGCUUGAUAGUGAUGGAGAGAAUGUGCCGAAAACAUUGCGAGAACGUUUGUUGGAUCCAGAUAUUGAUUAUGCGCGUGGAGAGGGCAGGCUCAUAACCGACUCAUCGUCAGAUGAAGAAUCGAGUGAUGAGGAGGAUGAUCUCGAGGCAAAUAUUGACCAUAUCUGGGGAGAACUAGAUCAAGAAGCGGAAACCACAGAUGAGUCUACACACAGGCUUGCUAUUUGUAAUAUGGAUUGGGAUCGCAUACGUGCCGUUGAUUUGAUGGUAUUAUUUAGCUCGUUUCUGCCACCGGGUGGAAGUGUGCUGAGUGUGAAAAUAUAUCCCUCAGAGUUCGGAAAAGAGCGAAUGCGAGAAGAAGAUAUACACGGGCCAACGGAGUUAAUUGGUCUCGGAAAAGAGAUGAAUAGCGCCAAGAUUGCAAAUAAAGACAGGGAGUCAGAUGAUGAACUCGUUGAGGACCAGGAUAGCGAUGCGGAAGAAGGUGAUGAAUACCACAUGGAAAAGCUCCGCCAGUAUCAACUAAAUCGUUUGCGUUACUAUUACGCAGUGGCAGAAUUUGAUAGUGUGGCUACAGCGGACAAAAUCUAUAAAGAAUGUGAUGGCAUUGAGUACGAGAGUUCUGCAACACGCGUGGAUUUGCGCUUCGUACCUAACGACACUACUUUUGAUGAAGACGAACCCACUGAUGUGUGCACAGAUUUGCCAGAUACCAACAGCUAUAAACCGCGACAAUUCACAACAACAGCUUUGCAGCAGGCUAAGGUAGAUCUGACAUGGGAUGAAACAGCUGUAGAAAGGCAGGAGUUGGGUGAAAAAUUGGCUAGCGGAAAAUUGAAUGAAGUCAGUGAUAAGGAACUGCGUAAAAUGGUCGCAUACAGUAGUGCGGACGAUGAUGACGAUAGCGCAGAAGAAGAUGAAAUCGAGCAAGCAAAUGGAAAUGAGUUAAAAAAACACGAGUCAAAAAACGCGAAUGAUGAGCGUAAGGCUGAAAAACCAAAACGUAAAAAGGACGACAUACUCAAUAAAUAUAAGGCACUGUUAGCGGAAAUCAACGAGAAGGAACAACAAAAGAAGAAUAAUAAAUUUGAUAUGGAAAUUAGUUGGAAUGUAGAAGAGCAAAAAGACGACAAAGAUAAGGAGCCGGAUGAGUCCGACGAUAACAAGAAACCACAAAAGUUGACGCCCAUCGAAAAGGUGUUGCAAAAGCGCAGUGAGCGAAACAAGCAGCGCAAGGAAGAGCGUAAGAAGAAGAAAAUGCAAGCACGUGGUUUGGAUCCCGAUGCUGACAAUUCCUCUGAUUCCGAUAGCAUACCCGAUGGUAUCGAUAUGAACGAUCCUUAUUUUGCUGAAGAAUUUGCUAGGGGUGAUUUCAUUGACACCAAAGCGAAAAAAAGUGAUAAGCAAAAUAAUCAUCAAAAGGCAUUGGAUAAGCAGCAGGCUGCAGAAGAAGAGGAAAAGCAAGCGAGAGAAUUGCAACUUUUGUUGGACGAUGAUGAUUUAGAGGAGCAGGGUAAGCAGCACUUUAGCUUGGAAAAGAUUCUAAAAUCUGAACAAGAAACAAAAUCGAAACGAAAACGACGCAAACAAUUGAAGAAAUCGAAAUCAACCAUUGCUGACGAAACCAAACCGAUAGAAGACAAUUUCCAACUAAAUGUGAAUGAUGAACGUUUCAAGGCAGUAUACACAUCGGCGAAAUUCAAUAUCGAUCCCACAGAUUCGCAUUUCAAGAAAACCAAAGCUAUGGAGUUACUCAUACAGGAGAAGCUAAAGCGACGCCACGGUGAUGAAAGUUUAAAGAAUGGUAAUGAUGCUGUGCUGCCGCAAGUCGAGGCAAAAAGGCCGAAAAAGCAAUUGGAGAAUACGCUGUUGGUGAAGAGUUUGAAGCGCAAAAUACAACUGAAGCAGCAGAAAUGAAAUUUUAACUAUUGUAGUAUAUGCCAAUUAGGAUAUGAUUGUUGUGAUUGUUGUAUGUAUACAUAUCUAUGUAUAUGUAUUGUUCUAAUUUUAUGUAAAAAUGAUUUGGAAUGGAAUGGAAUUUGAUUAGCAAAGCUGUUUUUUUACGACGCGUAAAAGCAA